GUCGUGACGAGUACCCAUCAGUGGAAGUACUUACUUACGUAAGUUAUGUAGUAGGUAGAGCAGAGUAGAGUAUGUACAUAUGUAUGUACCUUAGGUACGUAGGUACCUACAGAGAGGGCCCCCCGAACCACCUGCCGAUUGUUACCCCUGUCUUUGCACGAAUGGAUCUCCUUCUCAAAGUCCUCCCAUCUCCCACAACAUAGAUUGGCUGAGAGAGCAUUUCAUCUUUCCAAAGUUAUAGACUGAAAUACAUAUUGUUGAGCAUUGCCUUUAUAUCCAUCCCGUUUUACAUACUCUACAAUACAUACUUAAAAAGUUGAGGUGGUGCAACCGGCUCUUCCGGCACCUCUCUUUUGCAUUUAGACUCUCACGACAUCAGCACCUAUCAUAGAAGAGCAAGAUGGAGCUUUUGGAUCACAUUCGGAAUUGGAAUCCACAGCGUUCCGAGUAUUCCAGUCUACCAACUACGCCAAUAGCGACAACAACAUCUGCUGGUCCCUCAUCAACACCAGGUGACAGUGAGUGCUCGCAUCCUACGGGCAUCGCAGCCCGUCACUCACUGUCCCGGUUUUUUUCCGACUUUACUUUGGGUUUUGCAGAUGGACUUACCGUACCGUUUGCUUUGACGGCAGGUCUCUCUUCACUAGGUCAGACUAAUACUGUCAUCUACGCUGGCAUGGCAGAGAUUUGUGCCGGUUGUAUCAGUAUGGGCAUCGGUGGCUAUUUGGCGGCACGGCCAGACAAUAAUGAAGCCGAUCGUGGAAGUGAUGAUCAAGAAAAUGAUCAAGAAAAAUCAACGUCAUCCAUACCUCUUCAUCAGGAUCGAGGAGUGGCCGACUACAUAGCUCCAUUGCAACUUCCCCCGGACUUGCUGCAGAGCGUCAUGGCCCAUAUCAAUUCGUCUCCGGAGAUCGCGGCUCGAGUAAUUGAUAGCCCUUGUUUUGCCAGGGACGAGCCGAAAGAAGAGCCAACUAGGACGGCUCCCAUUAUUUCCGGUCUAUCGGUUGCCCUCGGGUACCUUCUGGGAGGUUCUUUCCCGCUUGCACCCUAUUUCUUCGUCGCUAGAGUCACUGAGGGAUUAGUAUGGAGCUUUGCCAUCUGCAUAAUAGCUCUUUUCAUUUUCGGAUUUACGAAAGAGUAUGUAUUGCACGUUAACCCGACAAGGUAUAAAUACAACCCGAGGACACAAGCAAGCCGGCUACUUCAGUGGAAUCUCGUCAAGCCAAGCCUUUGGGAGGGCGGCAGGAUGGUUGUGUUUGGGAGUAUUGCAGCCAUCGCAGCGGUGCUGUGCGUCAGACUAUUCGAUGGCCUCGUAUCCUAAGUCACUCGCCGCUUCGUUUAUCAUGUACCAAUCAAUUUAAUUAUAAAGUAUAUCACAAUGCUACCAAGCUGGCCGUUGGCGCAUAGCUGUGGUUUCGAGGGCCAGCAUCACUUUAUCUUUUACAUCCUAGCUUUGUUGUGUCUUGUCACUUCAUUGUGGCAUUGGAGGCGGCCCGCCGCUACCGACUAUCGGCAUCAUCGGAGGCGGUCCUCUGAAAUUAGGGAGAGGACCACCGCCUCUUCCCAUCAUUGGAGAAGGUCCGCCAAAAGG